AUGAACUUCAUAUACGUAUCAGUAUUACUUCUUAUCGUACGAAGGACAUCUAGUGCUGUGUCUUACAAUUGGACGUACACUUAUGAUCCAAGUUCAACUGCUUGGAAUCCGUUGAAAGGUUUUGUUCCUUAUUAUUAUUGGACAGGACCUCAACCAACGAUUAAUUUUCCUCAUUCAAUGGAAAAUCAAUACUUUUCAAUGAAAAGUUUAAUGCGUGGCCCAAAUUUAUUUGAUUUCUCGUCAAUUGAUUCUGUUUUGAACAAUACAGCAAAAAGAAAUCAUCAUGCUAUUGUUCGAGUCUAUGCUGAUUAUCCAGGAAAAAGUUUAAAUUCAUCUAUACCUGAUUUUUCUGUGGAAUGGACUAACAAUAUAUUCGGGAUCUUCUAG